AUGGCCUACAUCUACAUUGGUCAAGUCCUCUACGCUUCCGACGUCUUCCUGACCAAGAUUUGCGUCGCCCUUUUCUACCUCCGGAUCUUCCCCGUGGCAAGCGUCCGACGACUGAUAUGGGGUACCAUCGCUUUUUCGGUCCUGGGCAUGAUCAUCUUUGACAUCCUGGCCAUUGCGCAAUGUCGGCCGAUUAACUUCUACUGGACAGGGUGGGAUAAGUUGCAUGAGGGACAUUGUCUUGGGGUUCAGCCGUUGGCUUGGGCCAUCGCAGCUGUCGGUAUCAUCUUGGACGUUUGGAUGUUGGCCAUUCCUAUUUGGCAGUUGGUUCAGUUGCAGAUGAAGUGGCAAAGGAAGCUUGCUGUAGCUAUCAUGUUUACGGUCGGCACUUUUAGUGUCACUAUUGUCAGUAUCUUGCGACUGCGAUACUUGGUUGCCUUUGGGAACUCUCAGAACCCAACCUGGGACAGUUUCGAGACCUGUUACUGGUCCGUUAUUGAAAUCAACGUUGGACUGUGGUGUGUCUGUCUUCCUGAUCUCCGAAUGCUUAUCCUUAAGGCAUUCCCAAGACUUGGAAGUUCUGUCGACUCAGGCCCUAAGAAUCCCCACCAAGGAUCAUCGGCACCCAGGCAGACGGGUAAAACUCCGAAUUCCUCGCGUCAUACCGAGAGCAUCAUUUACAAAGGAACGCCGGUUCAGGCUCAACAGGAGGCUUCAUCGAGCACGGCUGAGCUGGUCGAAAUGACAACAUUUAUGAAUGAUAGUAGAAGUGUAGUGUAG